CGUGGUGUCCUCAGAUUGUUCAUCCUUUAAAGUCUCCAUAUUUAGAAAAGUCAAGUGCUGCUGUCGAUCACCAAGAUCCUCCGAGUCCCAGUCGUGACGAGACGAGAGAAGAGAGAGAGAGGAGAGAAAGCGAGUCUUGGCAGCAGAUUGAACUUGUGGCCGCUUCGUGACGCAAUUUUCACCAUGGCUUCUUCCGUCACCGCAUCCGCUCUCUCCUGCGUCAGCUCGUUCGCUGUCAGGUCCACCUCUGAGCGCAAGGCCUCUGCCUCAGCCCCUAGCAUUGCUAUCCCUCUCUCUGGCGCCCGUGCCACUCUCCCUUCUUUCUCAGGGUUGAAGAGAUCCGCAGCAUUGAAGCAGAAGAAUGUGCCUGCAUGCAAGAGAGUGACCAAGGUCGCUGCUGCCAAGGGAAACGGAUCUGCAUUGGCCACGGUCAACGAAGCUGCCUCAGGACUGCCGCUGGUGGGAAAUGUGGCACCUGACUUCGAGGCUGAGGCCGUGUAUGACCAGGAGUUCAUCAAGGUGCGGCUGUCUGACUACCAGAAGCAAAAGAAGUACGUUGUCCUCUUCUUCUACCCCCUCGACUUCACCUUUGUCUGCCCCACCGAGAUCACUGCCUUCAGCGAUAGACACAGCGAGUUUGCGGCCGUCAACACUGAGGUCCUGGGCGUCUCCGUAGACUCUGUGUACUCCCACCUUGCCUGGAUCCAGACGGACCGCAAGGCGGGCGGCCUUGGUGACCUGAACUACCCUCUAGUUGCUGACCUCACCAAGGAGAUUGCGAAGGCGUACAACGUGCUCAUUGGCGAUGUGGGCGCUGCGCUGCGUGGUCUGUUCAUCAUUGACCCCCAGGGCGUCAUCCAGCACGCCACCAUCAACAACCUGGCCAUCGGACGGAGCGUUGACGAGACCCUGCGGACACUCCAGGCGGUGCAAUACGUGCAAGACAAUCCCGACGAAGUGUGCCCAGCGGGCUGGAAGCCUGGCGCCGCCACCAUGAAGCCCGACCCCAAGGGCAGCAAGGACUACUUUGCCGCCAUCUAGGAUGUUCGCCAAUAACAUGAACCAGCAGUUGGCGGAUGUAUAGCAGUCGGACAGAACAGUCAAAUUAAAAGCCUCUUGUGCUUACGAAUCAUCUGGCCUGUGCAAGGCAACCAAAGAGCUCAGCGCAACAAUGUAUAUUGACAUGCAUCAAUGGCGCCAAGCCCAAAAUCCAAUGUUGAAAUCGUAAACCGGCAGCAGUAAUGUUUGUUCAAUGGUGCUGACCAACUUGGAUCCACAUGCAUAGUCUAGCCCUGAUUUCAAUGAGUCUGCGAU